AUGAAGCAAAAUAUCUUAGUGGAAUUGCUCACUUUUUGGAAAAAUUGGCAUUUUCGUCUACUGCUCGGUAUGACAGCAAAGAUGAAAUUCUCCUUACCUUGGAAAAGCAUGGGGGCAUUUGUGACUGCCAGACCUCAAGACACCACUAUGUAUGCUGUAUCUGCUGACAGCAAAGGCUUGGACAUUGUGGUGGGGUUGCUGGCUGAUGUGGUUCUGCACCCCCGCCUAACAGAUAAAGAAAUCGAGAUGACACGGAUGGCGGUCCAGUUUGAGUUGGAGGACCUAAACAUGCGACCUGACCCCGAGCCACUGCUCACUGAGAUGAUUCACGAAGCUGCUUAUAGGGGGAACACAGUGGGCCUGCACCGUUUCUGCCCCACAGAAAACAUAGCAAAGAUUGAUCGAGAGGUACUUCAUUCCUACCUGAAGAACUAUUACACCCCUGACCGCAUGGUGUUGGCAGGAGUGGGCGUCGAGCACGAGCACCUGGUAGAAUGUGCUGGAAAGUACCUCCUUGGAGCCCAGCCCACCUGGGGGGCUGUCAGGACUGUGGAUGUUGACAGAUCCAUGGCGCAGUACACCGGCGGGAUUGUCAAGCUAGAGAGAGAUAUGUCCAAUGUCAGUCUGGGCCCAACUCCGAUCCCUGAGCUCACGCACAUCAUGGUGGGACUGGAGAGCUGUUCCUUCUUGGAGGAGGAUUUCAUCCCCUUCGCCGUGCUGAACAUGAUGAUGGGAGGAGGGGGCUCCUUCUCGGCUGGCGGGCCUGGCAAGGGCAUGUUCUCCAGGCUCUACCUCAAUGUGCUCAACAGGCACCACUGGAUGUACAGUGCGACCUCCUACCAUCAUAGCUAUGAGGACACAGGCCUCCUGUGCAUCCAUGCCAGCGCUGACCCGAGACAGGUUCGAGAAAUGGUAGAAAUCAUUACGAAGGAGUUUAUUUUGAUGGGCGGAACUGUGGAUGUGGUGGAGCUGGAGCGGGCCAAGACACAGCUGAUGGCGAUGCUCAUGAUGAACCUGGAGGCCAGGCCUGUGAUCUUCGAGGACGUGGGGAGGCAGGUGCUGGCUACCCAUUCCAGAAAGCUGCCCCAUGAGCUGUGCACGCUUAUCAGUAACGUGAAGCCAGAAGAUGUUAAGAGAGUUGCUUCUAAGAUGCUCCGUGGGAAGCCUGCGGUGGCCGCCCUGGGUGACUUGACUGACCUGCCCACCUACGAGCACAUCCAGGCAGCGCUGUCAAGCAGAGAUGGGCGCCUGCCCAGGACAUACCGGCUCUUCCGGUAGAGUCCCCCAAGACCCUUGAGGACUCUUAAGGCUGCAGAGGAUCCUGUUUCCACACGUUACUUUUUGUGUGAACUUAGUGUAAGGGGUCUGCUUCUAUAAACAGUGUGAACUGUGAGGCUUUUGAACUUGAAUGAGCGAAGUUAAGGUUGCCACACCUGUGCGGCUUUUUUUAUUUCCUCAGACCAGAACUUGCCAAGCAGGAUAAAUACUACCCUCUCCCUCCCAAGUGGAAGGCAGGCAGGGCGCAGGACUAGAACCAGUCUUCUGCCAUUCCAAAUGCUCACUUUCAGGGGUUCUCAGCUGCGAAAGCAGGGGCUGGAAGCAUGGGUGUGGUUGUCAGCUGGCCCUGGCUUGCAGCCCUGCUGUGUUCCACUGUGCUUCCCAGAGCAUGGUUGGCUCACACAGCCACUGUCUCUGCCAAUAAAAUGGUGACUUCUUUUACCACGCUGUGUU